AUGGCCGCCGCCGGCGCCCGGCGCAGCCCCGGCCCCGGCUCGGGGCUCUGGGGGCGGCCGAGGCUCGGCUUCCACCCGGGGCCGCCGCCGCCGCCACUGCUGCUGUUCCUGCUCCUGCUGCCGCCGCCGCCGCUGCUGGCCGGCGCCACAGCCGCCUCGCGGGAGCCCGACAGCCCGUGCCGGCUCAAGACAGUCACGGUGUCCACUCUGCCCGCCCUGCGGGAGAGCGACAUCGGCUGGAGCGGCGCCCGCGCUGGGGCCGGAACUGGGACCGGGGCUGGAGCGGCCGCCGCCGCCGCCUCCGCGGCUGCGGCCGCGUCCCCGGGCUCCGCGGGCUCUGCCGGCACCGCGGCGGAGUCGCGCCUCCUGCUCUUUGUGCGUAACGAGCUGCCCGGGCGCAUCGCGGUGCAGGACGACCUGGACAACACCGAGCUGCCCUUCUUCACCCUAGAGAUGUCUGGCACAGCGGCGGACAUCUCGCUGGUGCACUGGAGACAGCAGUGGCUGGAGAAUGGCACCUUGUACUUCCACGUGUCCCUGAGCAGCUCUGGGCAGUUGGCCCGAGCCACCGCCCCCACGCUCCAGGAGCCAUCGGAGAUUGUCGAGGAGCAGAUGCACAUCCUUCACAUUUCCGUGAUGGGUGGUCUCAUUGCUCUGCUGUUGCUGCUGCUUGUGUUCACUGUGGCGCUGUAUGCCCAGCGGCGCUGGCAGAAGCGUCGCCGCAUCCCACAGAAGAGUGCAAGCACAGAAGCCACCCAUGAGAUCCACUAUAUCCCUUCUGUGCUGCUGGGUCCCCAGGCCCGAGAGAGCUUCCGUUCCUCCCGGCUGCAGGCCCACAAUUCUGUCAUCGGCGUGCCCAUCCGAGAGACCCCCAUCCUGGAUGACUAUGACUAUGAGGAAGAUGAGGACCCUCCCCGGCGGGCCAACCAUGUCUCUCGGGAGGAUGAAUUUGGCAGCCAGGCGACCCAUGCCCUGGACAGCUUGGGACGGCCAGGAGAAGAGAAAAGGGACUUUGAGAAGAAAGCAGCAGCAGAAGCGACGCAGGAGACAGUGGAAUCCCUGAUGCAGAAGUUCAAGGAGAGUUUCCGCGCUAACACGCCCAUCGAGAUCGGUCAGCUGCGGCCAGCCCCACGCGCCUCGGCUGGGAAGCGGAAGCGGAGGAGCAGAUCUCGAGGGGGAAUCAGCUUUGGGAGAACCAAGGGGAACUCGGGUUCAGAAGCCGAUGAUGAAACCCAGCUGACAUUCUACACAGAGCAGUACCGCAGUCGCCGCCGCAGCAAAGGUUUGCUGAAAAGCCCAGUGAACAAGACUGCCUUGACACUGAUUGCUGUGAGCUCCUGCAUCCUGGCUAUGGUGUGUGGAAGCCAGAUGUCCUGUCCACUCACCGUGAAGGUGACUCUGCAUGUGCCCGAGCACUUCAUUGCAGACGGGAGCAGCUUCGUGGUAAGCGAAGGGAGCUACUUGGACAUCUCUGACUGGUUAAACCCGGCCAAGCUAUCCCUGUAUUACCAGAUUAAUGCCACCUCCCCAUGGGUGAGGGACCUCUGUGGACAGAGGACAACAGAUGCUUGUGAGCAGCUCUGCGACCCUGAAACUGGAGAGUGCAGCUGCCAUGAAGGCUAUGCCCCCGACCCCGUUCACAGACACCUGUGCGUGCGCAGUGACUGGGGGCAGAGUGAAGGACCUUGGCCUUACACGACACUUGAGAGGGGCUAUGAUCUGGUGACAGGGGAACAGGCCCCUGAAAAGAUUCUCAGGUCUACUUUCAGCUUGGGCCAAGGCCUGUGGCUUCCUGUCAGCAAAAGCUUUGUGGUUCCACCUGUGGAGCUGUCCAUCAACCCCCUGGCCAGCUGUAAGACUGAUGUGCUCGUCACAGAAGACCCUGCAGAUGUCAGGGAAGAAGCGAUGCUGUCCACCUACUUUGAAACCAUCAAUGACCUGUUGUCCUCCUUUGGGCCAGUUCGUGACUGCUCUCGGAACAAUGGGGGCUGCACUCGCAAUUUCAAGUGUGUGUCUGACCGGCAGGUGGACUCCUCGGGAUGUGUGUGCCCCGAGGAGCUGAGGCCCAUGAAGGAUGGCUCCGGCUGCUACGACCACUCUAAAGGCAUCGACUGCUCCGAUGGCUUUAACGGAGGCUGUGAGCAGCUGUGCCUGCAGCAGACACUGCCUUUGCCCUACGAUGCCACCUCCAGCACCAUCUUCAUGUUCUGCGGUUGUGUGGAAGAGUACAAGCUGGCUCCAGAUGGAAAAUCCUGCCUAAUGCUCUCAGAUGUCUGUGAGGGCCCCAAGUGCCUCAAAUCUGACUCCAAAUUCAACGAUACCCUAUUUGGAGAGAUGCUACAUGGUUACAACAACCGGACCCAGCAUGUGAACCAAGGCCAAGUCUUCCAGAUGACCUUUAGGGAGAACAACUUCAUCAAGGACUUUCCCCAGCUGGCUGAUGGGCUGUUGGUGAUCCCUCUGCCGGUGGAGGAGCAGUGCCGGGGGGUCCUCUCUGAGCCCCUCCCAGACCUCCAGCUGCUUACUGGAGAUAUCAGGUAUGACGAGGCCAUGGGUUACCCCAUGGUGCAGCAGUGGCGUGUCCGGAGUAACCUCUACCGUGUGAAGCUCAGCACCAUCACCCUUUCAGCAGGCUUCACCAACGUCCUCAAGAUCCUGACCAAGGAGAGUAGUCGGGAGGAGCUGCUGUCCUUCAUCCAGCACUACGGCUCCCACUACAUCGCAGAGGCCCUCUACGGCUCAGAGCUCACCUGCAUCAUCCACUUCCCCAGCAAAAAGGUGCAGCAGCAGUUGUGGCUCCAGUAUCAGAAAGAGACCACAGAGCUGGGCAGCAAGAAGGAGUUUAAGUCCAUGCCCUUCAUCACCUACCUCUCAGGUCUGCUGACAGCUCAGAUGCUAUCAGAUGACCAGCUUAUCUCAGGUGUGGAGAUCCGCUGUGAAGAGAAGGGCCGCUGUCCAUCUACCUGCCAUCUUUGCCGCAGACCAGGCAAGGAGCAACUGAGUCCCACACCAGUGCUGCUGGAGAUCAACCGUGUGGUACCACUUUAUACCCUCAUUCAAGACAAUGGCACAAAGGAGGCCUUCAAGAGUGCACUGAUGAGUUCCUAUUGGUGUUCAGGGAAAGGGGACGUGAUCGAUGACUGGUGCAGGUGUGAUCUCAGUGCCUUUGAUGCCAGUGGGCUCCCCAACUGCAGCCCCCUUCCACAGCCAGUGCUGCGGCUGUCCCCAACUGUUGAACCCUCCAGCACUGUGGUCUCCUUGGAGUGGGUAGAUGUUCAGCCGGCUAUCGGGACCAAGGUUUCUGAUUAUAUUCUACAGCACAAGAAAGUGGAUGAAUACACAGACACUGACCUGUACACAGGAGAAUUCCUGAGUUUUGCUGAUGACUUACUCUCUGGCCUGGGCACAUCUUGCGUAGCAGCUGGUCGAAGUCAUGGAGAAGUCCCUGAAGUCAGUGUCUACUCGGUUAUCUUCAAGUGUCUGGAGCCCGAUGGUCUCUACAAAUUCACUUUGUAUGCUGUGGACACACGGGGGAGGCACUCGGAACUCAGCACAGUGACCCUGAGGACAGCCUGUCCACUGGUAGAUGACAACAAGGCAGAAGAGAUAGCUGACAAGAUCUACAAUCUGUACAAUGGGUACACCAGUGGAAAGGAGCAACAAACUGCCUACAACACAUUGAUGGAGGUCUCAGCCUCUAUGCUGUUCCGAGUCCAGCACCACUACAACUCUCACUAUGAAAAGUUUGGCGACUUUGUCUGGAGGAGUGAAGAUGAGCUGGGGCCCAGGAAGGCUCACCUGAUCCUGCGGCGGCUAGAGAGGGUGAGCAGCCACUGCUCCAGCCUCCUGCGAAGCGCCUAUAUCCAGAGCCGUGUGGACACCGUGCCCUACCUUUUCUGCCGCAGCGAGGAGGUCCGGCCUGCAGGCAUGGUGUGGUACAGCAUCCUCAAAGACACCAAAAUCACGUGUGAGGAGAAGAUGGUGUCCAUGACCCGAAACACGUACGGAGAAUCCAAGGGCCGGUGAGGGAGGGAGCUGCCCUCCAUGAGCACAGAGACUCUCCGUGGGAAGGGGAGCAGCACUCUCGUGGAUCCUGGGGCCUGGGUGGGCUGGGAGACAGCAGAGGACGGGCCUGGCAGAGGAAGCUUGCCAGCAAGGCCAAAGCAAACUGUUUCUCCUGUGGAUAGCAGAGAACUUUGUAACCAAUGGAAUUAUUCAUUUUUCUUUAUCCUUUAUUUUUUCUAAGAUAUUAUUUGACUCUAUCAAAAGUCUCUCCUUUUUAAACCUUUUCGUAUGGAUGGCGUUCAGUCUCAAGGCAGGAGCUUUCAGGUGGAGACCAAGCGGCCUUUCCUCUCCUUCAUCCCUCCUGCCAUACUCAGCUUCCUUCCUGGAUGGACCCCUGGAGGAGACCUAAGGAAGACAGUUUGACCUUCAGCAUCAGGAAGGAAGCCCAGUCCAGAGGAUUUUUGCAGUGAGGAAGCUCGGGUCUUUAAGGACUUUCUCUCUCUCUCUCUCUCUCUCUCUCUCUCUCAGACUGAUUGAGUUUGCAGGACCCCUGUCUCUUCCUGCUACUUGUGGGUCUGCUCAGAGUCCCCGCAGACCUAUCCAUGCAUUAAAAAUUCCUAUUGUCUCUCUUUCUGUUUGGGUGGUUUUCUUACCAAUGAUAUACAUUCCAGGGACCUCUGUUUAUUCACUCAACAAACAUUUACUGCGUGUCUACUCUGUGCCUGCAACAGAGCAUGCAACUAAAGACAGAAAAACUUCCUGCCCUCAAGGAACUUAUGGCCCAGUGAUUAUUACAGAGAAGCAGUCUGGUGGCUUCAGCCUCUGAGAGGAAAUAAUGAAGGGUCUCUGCACUCAUUGUUGGGUCCUGAAACACACUGGAGGAAUUCUGAAAUGAUACUUAAGCCCAGAGGAUGAGGAAGAAGAAUCCAGACAGAGGUGGAAAGGGUGGAUUUGUUCCAGGCAGAAGGGAAUCCAUGAAAAAAAGAACAGAACAGAACAGAAAAAGAAAAGAAACCAACCCCAGGAUGAAAGAAAGUGUAUCUCAUUGGAGGUCUGAAAGCAUUUUAAUUAGAAUAAGAACU